AUGGCUUCUGAACCCACCCCCUCAAGAGGGGGCAUGUCCCUGUAUGCCAACCUACUCAAUACUUCUACUGAUACGCCUGGCACCAUCUCCCGUGCCCCUGUUGUCUUUAAGCAGUCGGAGACAGAACAUCAACCCGACGACGCGGCCGCCAAAAAGCAACAGCUGAAUCCUGCUUCUCUUCGAUUCCAACCUCCCAAAAGGCCACAGCUCUCAGCCCAGAAGCCCAAGCCGAAACAUACUUUACCUAAGGCAGCGCCACAACCACAGCCCUCAGCCAACCAAGCUCCAGUGCCGACCAAGAGUACUUUGGCAGAUUGGACCGCUAUUGAAGAUGACAAUUAUGAGUACGCGCGCGAAAAGCGACAACGCGGUGGAAGAAAGAAGCGCAAGAAGAACUUUGAAACACAUGUUGUCCAGAACUGGGAUGAUAUCUACGACUCUUCUCGGCCUACCAAUAAUGCAGAAUACCGCCAUAAUGACGAGAAGAUCGGUGAAGUCCGUCAGUGGAAGGAUCGCUUGUAUGCGCAAAUCAGACAGCGUUCGCCGAGCAGAUUUUCAGAUAGCGAGGAUUAUGACCGGCCAAAAAAGCGUAUGUUAGGUUCUGCUGCGAAUGGCGAUGAUAUUCAGACUAAAAGGAUAACACCAGGACAAUUUGCGCCUCCAAUCAACUUUGCACCGCCGCCAAAUCUCAAUGAUGUGCCACCACCCGCUUCGAUCCCCAAUGACCCAUCUGGCGAGGAUGCAUUUGCUCGCCGUGUAGCAUUAGGGCAAGGCUUUGACAAUGAUUCUAUGCCCACUCAUGCACAACUCCCGACCUCGUCACCACCCCGAGCUCAAGACCCCACCCAGAUUCCCGGUAACCCACCAUCGGGACAAGUCACACCACAUCCUCCUCCAACACGCCCCCUUGACGUCUUCCAACCUAGCUCCGUAACCAUCUCCCGCGCACCAGUUCGAUACACCCUUCCACCACCCCCAGAAGACAUCCCAGCCUCGGAGGCUGAACUUGAAGCUGUAUUGGCCCAAGAGCAGCAGGCAGAGGAGGAAGAUCUAGAUGAGUCCGCGCCACGAUCCCUUCGCCCCGGGCAAAAAGGAUUUGCAGAAAGACUGCUUUCCAAGUAUGGCUGGACCAAGGGAUCCGGCCUCGGCGCUACUGGUUCUGGUAUGGUGAAGCCUCUGCAGGUCAAGGUUGAGAAGCGCAAGAAGCGACCAGAUUCAGAGGGUGGUGGCUUUGUCACACCUGCUGGGCGAGGUAAGAUCAUCGGAGGCAAUAAUAAAGGUGAAUAUGAUACCAGCAAGUUUGGCCCUAUGAGCGAAGUAGUCGUCCUGCGAGGCAUGCUCAAUGGAAUGGAUCUGGAUGCCGAGAUGGAGAAUAGCAAUGAUGGUGGUUUGAUGCAGGAAAUUGGAGAGGAAUGUCAUAGGAAGUAUGGAAAGGUGGAGCGAGUGUUCAUCGCUCGCAACGCCGGUACCCCAGUCCCGGUCUUUGUCAAAUUCCAGAAUUCCUUGUCUGGUCUACGGGCUGUGAACGCGCUUGAAGGCCGUAUAUUCAAUGGCAACACAAUCGCUGCGCGAUUUUUCAAUACCGAGAAAUUCGAUCAGGGGAUUUACACGUCUUAA